CUAGGACUUUGGCAUCAUGGCCGGCCAAGCUGUGGCUGGGCUGGCCUCAUCUGUGGGACUUCAACAAUUUGACCUUCACGAUCUUGUGGGACCGGAGAAACACGUUCAAGAACCAUUGAGGUCGUGGACACAAACUGGACCGCUAACUCUAAUCCUCCUUGAAAAGUCUGACGACAGUUGUUGCCAAGCGCUUCCUUUCCUGUCUUCACCAUAUCGGAGAAAGGCGUGGGGUUUACUGAAUAUACCGUCGUCAAGCCAGUUGGAUUGAUGGCAAGUUAGAGAUCACUUAUCUAUCCUUCUCCUGAUUUGUCCUUACCUCUAUCUUUCUUGUUCAACUGUGAAUAUCACAAGGACAGUCACCUGUUCUUCUAGAGAUAAUGGACCAUUACCGUCAGCAUCCCGCUCCCGAGGAGGAGGUCAUAUACUCCCAACCACGACCAUAUUUCCCCCGUCAAGAAGGCCCCUUGCCGUAUUACCCGCCUAGACCGGUGGAAAACGAAUUCGAGGAAGAAGAGACUGAAUCUGACGAAGGACAUAUCGUCCCCGUCGCACGACAUCAAUCUCCGCCGGCGGAAGUAGCCCAACCGGCCCAGAACCACCACGAAGCACCAGGUCCCAGGACCCUCUUCUUCCCAGAAGCGACAUCAGCAUCGCAGCGCAGACCCGAGGACGCCCUCACAAGCGACGGAGUCCACCUCCCUCGCCUCACUCACGGCCCAGCCCCCAUCUUUGAAUGGGACUCCCCCGUCCCGCCACAGCGAGUGGGUGAUAUUCUCCGCGAAGUCGACUACAACUUUGGUCCCCCCUGGGCCCGUCGCCGCAUCGACGAGCGGACUCUAUUCCCGCACGACGUUACGCUGCGGUAUACGCCAGCGCACGGGGAAGAGUACUUUCGCGAGCAAGAAGCCCGGUUCCCGUUGCGACGAUAUCUUUUAGGUGCACGCCCUUCUGAGUCGGGGAGUAACACCGCUGCCUUCGUCUCCGUCGUCCACGGGAAUGAGUACCGCGCCGUGGGGGAUGCGUCUUCGCCGCCGGGGCUGGUGUAUCACGGCCAUCAUAUUCCGGUGCGGGAGCGGGAGUAUGACGAGCCCGUGGCUCCUAGGCAGCCGCCUCCUGUGCAUUUCGAUGGCCUUGCGGUUCCGCCUGGAACGCAGUUCUAUCGUCUGCCGCGUAUUUCUGAGCGGGAGUCCCAGGAGAGACAGGAGGUGAAGGAGGAGAGAUUUACUGGGAUAUUGAAUACGCCCUUGUAGGCUGGCUUCAAUGCCUCAUUUGAGCUCACGACUCCUGAGUCCUCUCUGACUCUCAUGGUCGAACUUGCGAGCGAUGAGAGCGAUGAACCUAGUAGGUUUCCAGUGUUGAUAUGGGGAAAAUGGAGUGGAUUUGCUAACGUUGAUGUCUAGGCUGAGGUCAUGAGCUACUCUGACUAGACUGAGCAUUGCGAUU